ACCGAAAAAUCUAAGCAGUGAAAAAGCAAAAACCUUACUUUCUCUAAACCAUCAAAAUAGUGAUGGAUUGACUGCCUAACCCUCGUUAAACUCCUUGAAAUAGUGUUUGGAAGCCUCAAAAUCCAAGAAAACCACCUUGAAACCUUUCUCAAAGUGGCGGCCGCCAUCAUGGCUUCUCUAAGUGUAGCCAACAAUAAUUCAAUUAAAAAAUCAGCAGCAGUACUAUACCACUAUCCAUGCCCAGAUGGUGCUUUUGCUGCAUUAGCAGCUCACCUUUACUUCAAAGCCACUUCUCUUCCCGCUAUUUUCUUUCCAAACACUGUCUACAGCCCCAUCAAGCCAGACCAACUUCCUCUCCAUCAAUUCAGUCAUGUCUACCUUCUUGAUUUCGUGGGGCCUUCUGGUUUUGUCCAACAACUCUCCUCCAAAGUUCCCAGGGUGGUUAUAUUGGAUCAUCACAAAACAGCAAUGGAGGCGUUAGGUGGUAGAAGUUUUGAGGGAGAGAAUGUGAGUAAAGUUAUAGAUAUGGAAAGGAGUGGGGCUACUAUUGCUUUUGAUUAUUUCAAGCAUAAGCUUUUAGAGAGUGGUAAGAACAAUUAUGAUGAGAUAAUCGCUGAAUUUGAUCGUGUUAGACGGGUAUUUGAGUAUAUAGAAGAUGGGGAUCUUUGGAGAUGGAGACUUGAAAAUAGCAAAGCUUUUAGUAGUGGUUUGAAAGAUUUGAACCUUGAAUUCAAUGCCCAAUUGAACCCCUCCUUUUUCGACCAGUUGCUGUCAUUGAAUCUGGAGUCUGUCAUCAGUCAAGGCAUAGUGAGUUUAUCAGUCAAGCAAAAGUUAAUAGAUGACACCCUUGAUCAGUCAUAUGAAAUUGCACUUGGAGGUGGAGCCUUUGGACGUUGCCUGGCUGUUAAUGCCGAUUCAGUUUCAGAGUUAAGGAGUGAAUUAGGACACCAGUUAGCUACUAAGAGUCGUAAUCUGAAGUUGAGGGGAAUUGGAGCCAUUGUAUAUAGAGUACCAGAGCUUGAAAAUGAUGAGAUGCUGAAAAUCAGCCUUAGGAGUGUCGAUAGCGAAGACACAACACCCAUCUCAGAGGAAUUUGGUGGUGGUGGGCAUCGAAAUGCCAGUUCCUUCAUGAUAAGUUCUGCAGAUUUUGAACAAUGGAAGGUUGGCAAAAGUGCUUCAUUUUAGGCUAUUUUGUGGCUGCUAGAUACUGGAGUUGUUUAUAGGCAGAGAUGGUAACUGUGGUGACUAUCCAGAAUGCAUGAGCUCCCUAUCGUUUUGCUUAUCCGCUGCUUCUUUUUUGUUCUUUUUUUCCCCGCUGGAAGCCUCCCUCUUUACUUGUCUUUAUUCACGAUCAUCUAUGGUCACUGAGUUUUGUAUUGUUGGCAUAUAUGAAAAUAUGUUGUGCAAUUUGUCAUUUAGGUUGUCUAGUAAAUUUAUGUCAGGAUUAUAAAUUAGACUUCAAAUAAAGGGAUGAGUUGAGGAGAGGAAGGUAAGGCAAGCCUUCUGGAGGAGCUUGACAUCCUCUCUACCA